AUGACGUCCCUAGAGCCGGCGACGGCAUCGCAUGGGGGAGGAGGACUGCCGUCCUGGACUUCUCCCCCAGCGCAGGCCCAUGUGCCGCAGGACGAGUCCGAGCCCACUCAACAAGAACAUACGGCCCGGAGCGAUGAGCUGAAUCGCAUAGAAGAGUCAAAUAACACGACAUCCGUCGACAAUAUCCCGCCCCGACAAUCCUCGUCAGCACCCGAACCCAACGACAUCGAUUCGAAUCAGCAACAGAGACAAGGAGCACUCGACAAUUUGAUGGCAGCUCUCCAACAAAACCAGCAACCCAUGGCAGCUGACGCUUCACAAGAUGCAGGUUACUGGGGAGCCCAGCCAACCAACGCGCCACCUGAGCUGAGCAGUGACAAACGCGACGCUGCCAGUGCAAACGAGUUGUCACCAUCACUCCUCUCAAAUGUGGCACCCGGCCCAAACGUGACAUCCGGCCCAACUCUCGAUGAAAUGCCUUCUUCAACUGCCGGUGAGCUUGACACCGACGAGCUGAACUUUGCACUAGAGAAUGCUUUCUCACUAGCAGAGAUGGAAGCGGCGACACAGCAGAAGCGCAAGAUUGGCGCCUAUGCCAAACUCACCUUUGACGAUGGCCACUACUACAUGUGUACACACUCGAUGGAAUUGGGUCGUGACGUUAUAGCAUAUCAGGAUGCACAAAUGCGAGAACGAGAAGGUCAAGACGGACUACAACUUCGCGCGCGAAACUCCAGCAGCAGAAUGUCACGACCAUCGGAUCGCAUGAAACGCGGCCUCGACAGUCAGAUGCCUGGCAGCGUCGUCAGCGAGUCUGGUGGCUUCGCCGGUCUCGACAACAUUCCAACCGCUGAAGGCAGUUCCGGCCACGGCAAAGGUCAUCCCUCGAACUCGUCACAAGUCAGCGACGCCGUCGAUCCCUGUCAUCUGGAUCUAAGCAGAACUUUCGACUACGAUAAGCGUGCAGAAGAGAUUGCCGCCAUCGAUCCUGAUGAUGGCGAGAGGGCGGCUCCGGUGACGGCCGCACAUCUGCCAAAUCCAGACAUGUGUCCAUUGAUCCCGAUCCAUGCGACGACCGACAGCGAUGAACCUGAGACCGCAAUUCACAAGAGAAUUUCUCGCAGACAUGUAAGAAUCGAGUGGAGUGGAGAGGACGAGUGUUUUGUCCUCACAGUACUGGCAACCAAUGGAGCUUUCCUUGAUGAUGUCUUUUACAGGAAAGGGGAGAGGAAGCUGAAGUUGAAGGAUGGAUCUCGCAUUCAGAUAUCGGGAAUCGAGAUUCGUUUCGAUUUGCCUCCCCCAGAAGAAAGCGUCUCGCCUUCUCUUCCAGAAUUCGAAGGCUCGCCCGAGCGGCCCAGCACUAUUACACCCAUAUCGACACCGGACCGAUCAACGACACCUGCCAGAGUCAACGGUAGAGCUACAAACAAAAAAGCGUCACCGCGGACCAUGCCAGCAUCUGCAACAGCUGCGCCACUUGUCGGUCCAGAUGGACAGCCAAUUCAACGGAAGCGUGGGCCUGGAAGACCACCGAAAGAUGGUAUCAUGAGCACCCGUGAACGAAAAGAGCUGGAGAAGAAGGCCAAAGCGGAACAAGCGAAAGCUGCUAAUGGUGGAACUACACCGCCGCCGGCGGCUCGACCAAGGGGCGCGAGGCCCCCAACAGAUGAGGAGUUGGCAAGGGCGACGGCUUCGAGGCAGGCGCAGAGCAACAUCAGUACCAGUGCUAAUGUCAAACGAAGACGGUCAGAGGACGGAGAUGUCAUGCAGUCCAUCGAGGAUGGUGAAGAGGACGAUAUCGAGAGGCGAGCAACGAAAAAGUCCCGGCAAUCCAAGUCUCCGUCGCCAAAUUAUCCUCCAAUGGAGUCUCUGACGGAAGAACAACUUGCCAGACCAGCGGACCCUUACGCUCGACUGAUCUAUGAUCUGCUAAUGGAAAUCUACCCUCGAGCGCUGCCGCUGAAACAGAUCUAUCGAGCCAUCAAGACCAAAUUUCCAUUCUUUGUGUACAAAGUAGAGUCAAAUGGCUGGGAAAGCUCCGUUCGUCACAACCUCAACCAGGAAUUCGACAAGCUAUUCCACAAAGGCGAGAAGGAGGGCAAGGGCUACGCCUGGAGAGCUAUACCUGGCGCACUACCUGCGCAGGGCGAGCGCAAGAAAGCUGCGGCAACAGGGACAGCAGCAAAGCCCAAGCCGCAGCAACCCCGCCAGCAGAACCCACCGAACCCAUAUAUGGCGCCUAAUGGGUAUGGUUCUCCAGCUGGUGGUCAGUAUCCGCCUGGCCAAGGUCCACCUAACCAGGGGCGGCCGUAUCAGUCAACAGGGCAUAAUGCUUCCGGCACGACCGUCCGGGCUGCACCACCGACGAAAGUCCCCUUUCCUCCGAAGAAAAACAACCCGACUUCGGCUAGAGGGGUCUACGAGAUUAUACGAUUUGAGUCUGGGAUGCGCGAGCGGGCUGAGAAGAAGUCUGGCGCAACUGUCGCUCGUUUCAUGCUGGUCUUCAAUUCAGCCAAAGCUCGUGUCGUUCAUGGAGCGCCAGCUUCUUUGAUCCCAGGGCCAGAAAACAACGAUGAGAAAUGGAUUGUGGAGCGACUCAAAGUCAUCGUCAAGGAUUACGCCAAUCCAGAGUUUGAACGCUUUGAUUACAAGCCACCACCGGCUCCAGUGGUCAAACCUGCUGCACCUCCUGCUCGACCACAGAGUAGCGCUCAAGCUGGACCUUCGCAGGGUCAAAUAGCCAACAUGUAUAGCCAGCCUUCAGGCUCUGCUGCUAGACCGCCGCAAGGACCUAUCGCUCCGCAGCAAGUACAGGGCCCUAACCGACCACCGCCGCAGAUACAGAACCUUGGUGGACCAUAUCCAAGACCUUCUGAGCUUCGUGGGCAGAACAAACGACAAUCGCCCUUUCCGCAACAACAACAAACACCUGGAAUCACUGCUACCAGUGGUUCUGGCCCACAGGUGGCCGUGCCCAGACCAGGUUCCGCACUUGGUCCGUCGAGACCCGGUCCACCUGGCAAUCCUGUCACGAAUGCUACGCCUCCAGGACAGGCGAAUAGUCCGUAUCAGCAUACUCCGCCUCGACCAGCGUCCGCGUAUAGCAUCUCGAGACAGGGUACACCUGGCACUGCAGGUGCGACUGCCCUGCCUCCGGGACAAGGAAAUGGUCUCUAUCAGCAUGUUCCGCGAUCAAAUGGUCAGGGCAGUCCUCUGCAGCAAGUCGCUCGGCCUGCGUCGGGACAGAACCCACCUCAGCCAUAUCGGACACCUCAGCAGAGUCCGCUGACACAGCCGAAUAGUCCUCAGUUAAUGCCUCCGCAGCAAGCGCGACCAGCACAAGCAUCUACGGCAAUCAACAGCCAGCAGCCUGUGGCGCCAGUGCAGAAUGCUCCGCAGCCCGUGUCGCCAAGAAUCGGCCAUUCGCAGCAAGUUUCGGCGCCCAACACGCAACAGCAGCCAUCGACGCAGCGCCUGCCGCAGCAGGUCAACACACCUGUCGCUACUGGAGGCAGCGAAAACGCGCCCACACCUCCAGGUGCACCCAUAGCUAGCACCACGCCAGCACCACGGCAGACGCCCUAUCCGACUGUUGGACAGAGCAUGCAAGCCGCCGCAGCAGCGUCUACGCAGAACGGCAGACCACAGCACCAAGCCGUUCCGAACUACGGUGCCAGCACCACGUCGGCCGCCGCGAGUUCUGUGCCGACUGCUGGAUUCGCUCUGCACCUGAGCGACACCAACCACGCGGAUGUUCAGGGCCAUUUGAUGGACGACAGCGGCGAUACCACCAUGAACACUACCGCUCCUGCGUUGAAAGCGACGACUGCUUAG